AUGUCACUUCUCUGUGUUGGAGUGAAAAAAGCCAAGCUUGAUGGACCGCAGGAGAAACUGAACACCUAUGUGACGCUGAAAGUGCAGAACGUGAAAAGCACCACCAUCGCCGUGCGUGGAAAUCAGCCAUGCUGGGAGCAGGACUUUAUGUUUGAGAUUAACAGGCUGGAUCUGGGCUUGACGGUGGAGGUGUGGAAUAAGGGGCUGAUUUGGGACACCAUGGUGGGAACCCUGUGGGUGCCGCUGCGGAAUAUUCGGCAGUCCAACGAGGAAGGCCCAGGGCAGUGGCACACACUGGACUCUCAGGUCAUCAUGUCAGAGAACGAGAUCUGUGGAACCAAAGACCCUACCUUCCACCGCCUUCUGCUCGACACACGCUUCGAACUGCCUUUAGACAUCCCUGAGGAAGAGGCACGGUACUGGGCCAAAAAGCUGGAGCAGCUCAACUCCAUGAGAGAUCAGGAUUACACGUACCAGGAACCUCACGAGCAACCACUUCCAGCUCCAUCAACACAGUGCUGUAACUGGAGCCUUUGGGGGGAGCAGCAGAAUGAUGAUCCAGACAGCGCAGUGGAUGACAGAGACAGCGAUUACCGCAGCGAGACCAGUAACAGCGUCCCUCCACCCUACUACACCACGUCCCAGCCCAACGCCUCCAUGCACCAGUACCCAAUCAGACACUACCACCACGACUCACGCUACGGCCACAUGCACGACUAUGACUACGACGACCAGAGAGGCAUGAGACGCUAUGAUAGUUUAGAGUCUGGCACCAACGGCCGCAGCGAUCUUGAUUCGGCCUCGGGUUCGAGCCGGCGAACCAGCCGCCAGUACUCCCUAGACAGUAGGCACUCGCUCUCUGAUAGUCCAACGGGGAGCAGCCACUACGCCUCCUCGGGGGAGCUGAGCCGCGGGAGCUCCCAGCUGAGCGAGGAGUUUGGUCCGGAUGACGGGGAGAGUUACCGGGGUUCCGAAUACUACGACGAGAACGACUCCUACCAUUCCUGUCACUCGUCCGUCAGCUACGGCAAAGACUCGCCCGGCUGGGACGCCGAAGACACGGCGGGGGUGUACAGCGACGAGGGGGGGUACGUCAAAGAUGGAGGCGAGGAAGGAGCCAUGUAUGAAGAAGAGGAGGGGGAGAUUUACGAGCAAGAGGAGGGUGAGUAUAACUACGAGGAAGAGGAGGAAGGCAUGGGCUAUGAGGAAGACGAUCUGUAUCCGCUCGACGGGGCGCUGAGCGAGGACCAGGAACCUCCUUACACCCCGACCCCGACCGGCACGGCCCCGACCCUGGCCCCCGAAACGUCUUCCUCUCGCCCUCCGCUCGCCAAACAAGCCUCCCUGCACGAACCGCAGCCCCCGUUUCAUCCUCCCGUCAAUCAGACACAGGCCCCUCCCCAAGAACCGCCCACAGACGCCAAGCCACCCGGCGCGGCUGUACCGCCCGCGUUCUCAGAGGUUCCGCCUCCUUCGCCAAAGGUCACGACCCCUCCGUCCGCAGCCAAACCCCCAGCCCUUUCAGAGGAACCUUUCCCCACAGAGGAGGUGCCUGCGAGCGAGGCCCCGCCCACAGAAAAGGAAAAGGAGAAAACAGAGGCCCCGCCCGAAAGGCCGGCUGAGCCUGUGGACCCAGCCGUGCGGGCUAAGGCUAACUGGCUACGGCUCUUCAACAAAGUUCAACUUCAGUUACAGGAGGCUCGUGGAGAGACCUCUGGAAUUGGAUCGCUAUGGUUACAGUCAGGGCCUGGUGGGGCUUUGUACAGUAUAGAUAGCAUGCCUGACCUGCGGAAGAGAAAAGCUAUUCCUCUGGUCAGAGAUCUGGCUAUGUCUCUGGUUCAGAAUUCACGCAAAGCUGGAAUCACCUCAGCCAUGGCCUCCAGCACUCUGAACAACGAGGAACUGAAGAGUCACGUCUAUAAGAAGACCCUGCAGGCUUUGAUCUACCCCAUCUCCUGCACCACGCCGCAUAACUUCGAGGUUUGGACGGCCACCACGCCCACCUACUGUUACGAGUGCGAGGGCUUGCUGUGGGGCAUCGCCCGUCAAGGGAUGCGAUGUACGGAAUGUGGCGUCAAAUGCCACGAAAAAUGCCAGGACCUGCUGAAUGCAGACUGUCUUCAGAGAGCUGCAGAGAAGAGUUCGAAACAUGGGGCGGAGGACCGGACCCAGAACAUCAUCAUGGUUCUGAAGGAUCGGAUGAAGAUCCGUGAGCGAAACAAACCCGAGAUCUUUGAGAUGAUCCAGGAGGUGUUUGGCGUUCCCAAGGCAACGCACGUGACCCAGAUGAAACAGAUCAAACAGAGUGUUCUGGACGGCACGUCCAAGUGGUCGGCCAAGAUCAGCAUCACUGUGCUGUGUGCUCAGGGUCUGCAGGCGAAGGAUAAGACGGGGUCCAGUGACCCUUACGUCACCGUGCAGGUCGGCAAAACCAAGAAGAGAACCAAGACCAUCUACGGUAACCUCAACCCAGUGUGGGAGGAGACCUUCAACUUUGAAUGCCACAACUCGUCGGACAGGAUCAAAGUGCGUGUCUGGGAUGAGGACGAUGACAUCAAAUCCCGCGUGAAGCAGAAGUUUAAACGGGAGUCGGACGACUUCCUGGGUCAGACCAUCAUCGAGGUGCGAACGCUGAGCGGUGAGAUGGACGUGUGGUAUAACCUGGACAAACGGACGGAUAAGUCGGCGGUGUCGGGGGCCAUUCGUAUGCACAUCAGUGUGGAGAUCAAAGGGGAGGAGACCGUCGCCCCUUACCACGUCCAGUAUACCUGCCUACACGAGAACCUCUUCCACUACGUUACGGACCUCCAGAACAACGGGGUGGUGAAGAUUCCCGACGCCAAGGGUGACGACGCGUGGAAGGUGUACUUUGAGGAGACGCCGCAGGAGAUAGUGGAUGAGUUUGCCAUGCGUUACGGAGUGGAGUCCAUUUAUCAGGCCAUGACGCAUUUCGCCUGCCUGUCGUCUAAGUACAUGUGUCCUGGCGUCCCGGCGGUCAUGAGCACACUGCUGGCCAACAUUAACGCAUACUACGCCCACACCACGCAGGCCACCAACAAUGUGUCUGCCUCCGACCGCUUCGCAGCUUCCAACUUUGGGAAGGAGAGGUUUGUUAAGCUACUGGACCAGCUUCACAAUUCACUGAGAAUCGAUCUCUCCAUGUACAGGAACAAUUUCCCAGCCAGCAGUGCUGAGAGACUCCAGGACCUGAAAUCUACUGUCGAUCUCCUGACCAGCAUCACCUUCUUCAGGAUGAAGGUUCAGGAGCUGCAGAGUCCUCCUCGUGCCAGUCAGGUGGUGAAGGACUGCGUGAAGGCCUGUCUAAACUCCACCUACGAAUACAUCUUCAACAACUGCCACGAGCUGUACAGCCGGGAGUACCAGACCGACCCGGCUAAAGCUGCUGUCCCCCCUGAGGAACAAGGGCCCAGUAUCAAAAAUUUGGACUUUUGGUCCAAACUCAUCACCCUUAUUGUGUCCAUUAUAGAAGAGGACAAGAACUCAUACACUCCAUGCCUUAAUCAGUUCCCUCAGGAGCUGAACGUAGGGAAGAUCAGCGCUGAGGUGAUGUGGAACCUGUUCGCACAAGAUAUGAAAUAUGCCAUGGAGGAGCAUGAGAAGAAUCGGCUGUGUAAGAGUGCUGAUUACAUGAACUUACACUUUAAAGUCAAGUGGCUGUAUAAUGAAUACUGUAAGGAUCUGCCUUUCUUCAAGAGCCGCGUUCCUGAGUACCCAGCCUGGUUUGAGCCGUUUGUCAUCCAGUGGUUGGAUGAAAAUGAGGAAGUUUCUCGAGACUUCCUGCACGGAGCUUUGGAGAGAGAUAAGAAAGACGGGUUCCAGCAGACGUCGGAGCAUGCUCUCUUCUCCUGCUCUGUGGUGGACGUUUUCUCUCAGCUCAAUCAAAGCUUUGAGAUCAUUAAGAAACUGGAGUGUCCUGACCCCCAGAUUGUCGGCCACUACAUGAAGAGGUUUGCCAAGACAAUCAGUAACGUGCUGCUCUCCUACGCUGACAUCAUUGCCAGAGAUUUCCCCAACUACUGCUCCAAAGAGAAAGUGCCCUGUAUCCUGAUUAAUAACAUUCAACAGCUACGUGUUCAGCUGGAGAAGAUGUUUGAAGCCAUGGGGGGCAAAGACCUGAAUGUGGAAGCCAGCGACAUUCUGAAGGAGCUUCAGGUGAAACUCAACAACGUGCUGGAUGACCUGAGUAGAAUCUUUGCCACCAGUUUCCAGCCCCACAUUGAGGAGUGUGUGAAGCAGAUGGGCGACAUUUUGUCUCAGGUGAAAGGGACGGGGAAUGUCCCGGCGAGCGCCUGCAGCAGCGUGGCCCAGGAUGCUGAUAACGUCCUCCAGCCAAUCAUGGAUUUCCUGGACAGCAAUUUGACCCUGUUUGCUAAGAUCUGUGAGAAGACGGUUCUGAAGCGUGUGUUAAAAGAGCUGUGGAAACUGGUGAUGAACACCAUGGAAAAGACCAUCGUCUUACCUCCUCUCACUGACCAGACGAUGAUUGGCAGGGUGAAGCUUGCUUGUCACAGUGAUGGCACUCAACUCAUCUUUAAUGCAGCUAAGGAGCUGGGACAGCUAUCUAAACUGAAGGAGCACAUGGUUCGUGAGGAGGCAAAGGCGUUGUCUCCGAAGCAGUGUGCUGUCAUAGAGCUGGCUUUGGACACCAUUAAGCAAUACUUCCAUGCCGGAGGUGUUGGGCUGAAGAAAACUUUCCUGGAGAAGAGUCCCGAUCUUCAGUCUCUCCACUACGCCUUGUCUCUGUACACCCAGGCCACCGACAAAUUAAUCAAGACCUUCGUCCAGUCCCAGAAUGCACAGGUUCACGGAGGGAAGGGGGUGAGGUAUACCCAUAGUGAAGAUGUGUACCCCGAAAAGGGGUCUGGAGUGGACGACGCAGUGGGUGAGGUGUCCAUCCAUGUCGAGAUCUUCACACACCCCAACACCGGAGAGCACAAGGUCACUGUGAAAGUGGUGGCUGCAAAUGAUCUGCGUUGGCAGACCUCAGGAAUCUUCCGGCCUUUUGUGGAGGUCUAUAUCAUUGGUCCUCACCUCAGCGACAAAAAGAGAAAAUACGCCACCAAGUCCAAGAACAACAGCUGGGCCCCCAAGUACAACGAAACCUUCACGUUCACUCUGAGUAAUGAGGUGGGACCAGAGUGCUAUGAGCUUCAGGUCUGUGUGAAGGAUUACUGCUUCGCCCGCGAGGACCGCACGGUGGGCAUGGCUGUGCUGCAGCUGAAGGACGUGGCAUCGCGCGGCAGCGUGGCGUGUUGGCUUCCGCUGGGCAAACGCAUCCACAUGGACGAAACGGGCCUGACCGUGCUGCGCAUCCUCUCCCAGCGCAACAACGACGACGUGGCCAAGGAGUUCGUCAAGCUCAAGUCCGACCAGCGCUCAGCCGAAGAGGGUAGGGGGAGCUAA